CCGCGGUUUCAGUGUAUCUUGAUUCAGUGUGUAAUCAUGCCUGACUUCAUUCACUACACGACGGAUUUCGAAGAAGCAUUACUAUUUUUGCAAUAUUAUAAAUAUUUCGAGGGACCUAAUCCUAUUACGUUAAAUAACGUUGUGUAAAUUGUGUAACCAUGUUUUACAUGUUGAAGAGUGAACUAGCCUCUAACCGAGCGCAAGAAUGUGUUGUUACCUGUCCUCAUUUCGAGUAUAUGUCUGAAACGUCAGUAUCUUCAAGACUCGUCGUGUUUGAGAGUAAUUUGACACGGAAAUAUGUAAGUUAAACUUCGGAAUUUAAAAUGACGAGGGGAAGAAUUAGCCGUCGAAAUGCCGCGACUUUAUUUCAACUAUUUGCUGUAUGUCUUUUGUUGGAGCGUUCAUUUGCUCAACAGGUGUACAACCUCAGUCUCUCAAUUGAAGAGGGACUACCUGCAAGGACAAUUGUUGGGGAUAUAAGAGCGGGGUUACAGACUCCAAGCAGUGGAUUUUUCAUAUCUGAAAGUAGAGAUUCUUAUGUUUUUAAAGACUUGGAAAUAGAUGCAGACACUGGAAUAAUUUCAACAGCUGUGGUGCUGGACAGGGAGAGCAGAGACCAGUAUGAAUUUGUGGCAGCCACUCUCACAGGUGAGGUGAUUAAGGUAAAAAUAUUGGUUAAAGAUGUGAAUGACCAUUCUCCUGUAUUCUCCACUGAAAAGGUGGAGUUGAAUGUGUCAGAAUUAAGUCCUCCAGGAACUCGCUUUGAAUUUGAGGGGGCUAAAGACCAGGAUGAGGGUGAGUUUGGAACUCGGGGUUACCGCAUCACUGAAAGUGAGAUGGGAGACAUUUUUAAGGUGAAAUAUCGUGAGGGGGGUGGAAAUCUAUUCAACCUGGACCUCAUCCUCACUGACAAAUUGGACAGAGAAACAAGAGACCGUUAUUCCCUGACCAUUGAGGCAUUUGAUGGGGGUAUCCCGCCUAAAACGGGGAGGCUUCAGGUUUAUAUCCAUGUCUCAGAUGAAAAUGACAACCCACCUGUGUUCAAUCAGACUGAAUACCAAGCUUCAGUGUGGGAGGAUGCUCCGGUAAUGUCACCUGUGUGUCAGGUCUACGCCACAGAUCUGGACCUCGGCGACAAUGGGCUCGUCACCUACGAGAUCAACCGACGCCAGAGUGACCCGAAUGAGUUCUUUGUCAUCAACGGAACUUCUGGUGUCAUCCAUGUUAACAAACCCUUAGACUUUGAGACGCAGCCAUUUUAUGAGUUGAUCAUCAGGGCGAGGGAUAAUGGCGCCCAGCCGGAGUAUAGCAGCACCUUUGUAGCCUUGAGGGUAAUAGACAUCAAUGACAACAGCCCCAUUAUCAGCGUAAUGUUUCUGAGUGAGACUGGGGAAGCAAAGGUGUCGGAAGGGGCAGGUAUGGGGGAAUACGUCGCCAGGAUAUCAGUCUCCGACCCCGAUCUGGGAGAGGUCGGGAGGCUCAGGGUCACCCUCGAAGGUGGCGACGGGAAGUUCACCCUGAAACAGACUGAUGAAUUCCUGUACGCCUUGUGCGUGGACGGCGAGCUGGACAGGGAGAAAGAGGGGCUAUACGAGUUAAAAGUGGUGGCCUCGGACUUCGGUAGCCCCCCAUUGAAGAGUGAAAGCACCUUGUUGGUGAGGGUCACCGACACCAACGACUGGCGGCCGCUUUUUGACCAGGACAUCUACACUGUGUCUGUAUCUGAGGACGUACCCCAGGGAAGUUCCCUACUCCGUGUGCAGGCCAGAGACUCGGACGACGGGGUCAACGCGGCCAUCCUCUACUCCAUCCUACAGUCAGACCAGGACCACCUGGUCAACGUCGACCCAGAAUCAGGCAUCAUUACCACGGCAGCCAGGUUGGACCACGAGAGGGAGACUGAGGUGCGGUUCCUGGUGGUUGCGGUCGACGGGGGGUCGCCAGCCCUGUCCUCCACAGCCACGGUCACCGUUAUGGUCGAGGACGUCAAUGACAAUGAGCCUGUGUUCCAGCAGCAGCUGUAUAAUGUGUCUAUCCCGGAACACACCCGGAUUGGGAACUGCUUUUUACAGGUUGUGGCCACCGAUGCGGAUGGCAGUGAUUUCGGUACAGUGCGCUACUCCAUCUCUGACGGCUUUAAUAAGCAGGACACACACCCUGUCUUCCAAAUCAACCCAGACUCUGGAGAGCUCUGCAUCUCACAGGAUAUCGACAGGGAUUCGGGCCUGGCGACCUAUGACUUGUUAGUGAAAGCUGAGGAUCAGGCAGGCUUGAGUGCCCAGACGUACGUCCACAUCGAGGUGGAGGACCUGAACGACAACCCGCCGGUGUUCAACCCAGAGAAGUAUGUGACCAGCGUCAGCAGCCACGCCCAGCCCGGCACAGAGGUCCUCAACGUCAUCGCAACCGACAUGGACUCUGGGGACUACGGUCACGUCACCUACCAGAUCCUGCCCGGGGACCUGUCCUCCCUGUUCUCAGUGGAUAAAACUACAGGUGUGGUCUACCUGACCUCCACACUGACCCACCUUGGCACUGGCGUCAAGCUGGCUAUUACCGCCCAGGACGGUGAGGGCGUGACGUCGGCCCGACCCGCGGAGGUCACAGUGAACGUCCUGCGCAGUGCCCAGGCCCCAGCAGUCUUUCAGAGGUCACGCUAUGCUUUCACCGUGCCCGAGAACACCCUGCCUGGCACCCCGGUGGGCAUCGUGGAGGCCCUCAACCCUGCCAACUCGGUGGACUCGUUGUCGUACCGCAUCUCGUCGGGGGACCCCCACGGUCUGUUCUCUGUCCACUCCAGUUCGGGCCUGAUCAGCACCAGCCGCCCGCUGGACCACGAGUCCCAGCCCUACGCCCUCCUGGUGCUCCAGUGCCACGCGGGCACCACCUCGCCCAUCUACAGCAGCACCCAGGUCAACGUCACCAUCGCUGACGUCAACGACAACGCGCCCGUCUUCCCCAAAAUGACAGACACCGUCGCCUUGUCCCAAAACACGCCUCCCGGAACGGUUCUGUUCAUAGCCCAUGCCCACGACGCAGACAGCGGCACAAAUGGGAGGGUGCGGUAUUUCCUGUCACGUGGUAGUGCUAGGGGAAGUAUGCCAUUUUAUGUGGAUGCCGACCUCGGUACAGUGUACUUAAACCAAAGCUUCUCUCGGGACCCGCGACCCAAAACUUUCCCCCUCCGCCUCUCCGAAUCCACCCCCGAGAGUGGGUGGCUCUUUCUCUCCCAAAACCUUGACUAUGAAACAGAGCCCAUGUUUCGCUUCAAAGUCCUUGCCACUGUUAAAGACGAAACAACACUAGCUAUAGCUAACACCACCGCUACAGCCAAUGUUAUCGUGCUCGUCCUAGAUGAGAAUGACAAUGCACCAGUGUUCACCAGCCAGACCUACUUCUUCACGGUCCAAGAGGGCCUUCGCCCCAGGGCCUGGUGGGGACGGUGCAGGCAGUCGACCGAGACUCCAGGAAAAACCGCGCAGCUGUCCUACAUCCUGCUGUCGGACGGGAAACACUUCCGCAUCAACACCAAAACAGGGGAGAUAAUCAACUGGGUGUCUCUGGACCGGGAGCAGCAUGCUGGGCACACCCUGAAAGUGAUGGUGACGGACCAGGGCCAGCCCCGCCUCAAUGCCACUGCCACCGUUCACAUCCUGGUCACCGACAUCAACGACAACCCACCCCAGUUCACCCACCUGCCCGCCGCCGGCAAGGAGCUCAACGUCCAGGUUUGGGCAGGCCUCCCCACAGGCUCAUUGGUGACCACCAUGUUUGCCAAAGACCUCGAUGCAGGAGAAAAUGCAACAGUCAGGUUUUCUCUGACGACAGAUGAGGAACAGGGCCACUUUGAGAUAGACAGUCAGAGUGGAGACAUACGGACCACGGAGCUAUUCACCCAGAACGCCAAAACCCAAUACACCCUGACAGUGGUUGCCACCGACAACGGAGCUGGCCCCCUAGAGGAGACAGCCGUCAUUCACCUCCAGGUUCAGGCUGCAGAGAAUCAACACGGCGGCACCCACCCCCAAAGCAUGCAACACUUCUCUGUGAGGGAGGACACCAAACCCGGCACUGUCAUCGGCUCCGUCCACCUCUCCCCAUCCCCAACAACCAAUGGCAGGCUGCGUUACUCCAUCGCCGAGGGCGACGGGGUCCUUCACUUCGGCCUGGACAGCUCGUCCGGCGACCUGUACCUCAACCAGCCGCUGGACUACGAGUCUACAUCACUCUACUUUCUGGUUGUACAUGGCGAGGACGCCACGGGACCCGGGACUAAUGUAACAGUAUUUGUGAGCAUAGCGGUGGAGGACGUGAACGACCACGUGCCCUGGUUCCCCUGCGAGGUGGUCAUGUUUGGGUUGCUGGAGGACGUAGAAGUUGGAACGCGUGUGUUCGCCUUCAACGCCAAAGAUGGCGACGGGAGCCUGGCCAACAGCGGGUCAUCAUUGUCGUCCGCAACAUUUCCUUUCUGCAUCCACCCGCUCACCGGCACCCUCACCACGACCGCCCUGGACCGCGAGAGGACCGUGAGCUUCACGUUCAUGGUCACUGCCACCGACCAGGCAGCGAGGGAGGCCGACCGGAAGUUCGCGACUGUGACCGCUCAGGUGUUCCUGCUGGAUGUGAAUGACAACCGUCCGGCGUUUGUCUCCCAGGACACGGCCCUUGUGAUGGAGGACACGGAGGUGGGGAGCCUGGUGCAUCGUGUGGUGGUCGUGGAUGAUGAUGUGGGUGAAAGCGGCCAGGUCACCUAUUGUCUUGUCUCUGGGAACAAGGAAGGGUUCUUUACUUUGGAGGAGAAAACAGGUCUGCUGUACCUAGCAUCCCCUCUGGACUACGAGCUCCAGACCUCCCACUCCCUGACCAUCCAGGCCUCGGACCAGGGGCUCCCCUCCCUCUCCUCUACCCAGACCCUGAGGCUGGAGGUGGGGGAUGUGAACGACCAGCCUCCCCUGUUCCAGCAGGACGUCUACACAGCCAGCGUUGCCGAGAACAGAGAGCCUGGGGAGAGCGUGGUCACGGUGUCCGCCACAGAUAAGGACUCCGAAGAGAAUGCUGCGGUGUGGUAUAGCCUGUUGCCCGGACCGGGCUACGACUUUUUCUCCAUCGACCCCCACUCUGGAGAGAUCAGCACCACCUCCCAACUGGACAGGGAGCUGUACCAGCAGUUCACCCUCAGAGUCCAGGCUCGCGACAGCGGCGUCCAGCCCCUCUCCAGCACGUCCACGGUGCUUUGCUCUGUGCUGGACGACAACGACAACGUCCCCGAGUUCAUGCAGGCCUCCUUUCAGCUUAGCCUGCCAGAGAACCUGCCCCCGGGGUCAUCACACAUCCCAGGCGAGGACUACGGCGGGCGUUUCACCAUCCACGCCACCACGGGCACAGUCAGCACCACACGAGCCCUCGACCGGGAGGACGGCCCAGCCACCCUCUGCAUCCAGGCGAGCGACGGCGGCCAACCCUCCCCCUCAGCUCCUCCACCCAGCUCCUGGUGCUCCUACUGGACCAGAAUGACAACAGUCCCUUGUUCACCCGCAAGAGUUACCGCGCUUCCUUGGCUGAGGGGCUCCCCGGGGGCAGAGGUGCUGCGUCUGGAGGCCCGGCGACCCGGACCAAGGCCCCAACGGCGAGGUGACAUUCUCUCUGGUCGAGGACACCCUGGGGGCCUUCUCGGUAGAGCCCGCCACGGGCGUGGUUCGGACCACCCGGCCCUUGGACAGGGAGAGCCGCGCUCAGUACACCCUUCAGGGCCGUGGCUACCGACAGCUGUGCCAGAGGUCCACGGAGCACCGCCACCGCGGUUACCGUGCAGGUGGAGGGACGCCAACGACAACGCGCCCGUCUGCGCGGAGAACCCCGUCGCCGGCUGGGUCGCUGUAGAGACGAUCCCAAACAAGAUUGUCGCCACGGUGACGGCAGUGGACGGCGACCGUGGCGGAACGGGACUGCUCGUGGGUGGGAAGCGUGGUGGCCACGACCGAACCGACGACGGGCGGCGAAUCGAAUACAGCAUUUUCAAUAACAACGAGAACAGAGCCUUCGCCAUCAACCGACACACAGGUGACAUCACAGUGUGGGACCAGGCCAGUCUGGACUACGAGGCCAACCGGAAGGUCCACCUGGUGGUGCUGGCCGACGGCGGCCCCCGCACGGCCCACUGCCGGGUCACCGUCACGCUGCAGGAUGUCAACGACAAUGCGCCGGCCUUCGAGCAGGGCUACUACCGCACAGCCGCGUGGGAGGGCCAGGUACACAACACCUACGUCAUGCAGGUGUUUGCCUCUGACGCGGACAGCGGUGUGAAUGGUCAGAUUGAAUACUCCAUCUUGUCUGGUAACCAGAACGAGGCGUUCAUCAUCGACUCUGUGCGUGUCCUCGCCACCAACACCAUUCUGGACCGGGAAAUCACUUCCUCUUACAAGUUGGUACUGCAGGCAUCAGACAGGGGUAGCCCUCCCCUUAGCAGCACCGCCACCGUCCGGGUCCAGGUGGUGGACAUCAACGACAACAGCCCCGUCAUUCCCCCAUGGAGCCCGUGCGCCGCCGGGAGCUUCGCCAUCGACCGCUACACGGGCGUGGUGACCCUGACGCAGAUGCUGGACCGUGAGGAGCAGGCGGCGCACAGGCUGGCGGUGUGGGCCUCGGACUCCCUCCACCUGACCACGGCCGAGGUCCUGGUUCAGGUGCUGGAUGUCAACGACAACGUGCCAGUCUUCUCCCAGGACUCCUACCAGGUGAAGUUGCCAGAACUGUCUCCUGCCAACAUGUUGAUCCUGACUGUGGCUGCCACAGACCGUGACUCUGGGCUUAACGGCAAACUCUGCUACAGACUCCUCUCGGGUCGGGUGUUCACCAACAAGCCCCUGAAGUACGUCACCAAUGGUAACGUGAUCCAGCUCUGGUGGAGGCCAGAGACGGGUGGCAAUGAGGACAGGAGAUUCUGUAUGGAGGUAGGUGCGGUCCAAACGGAGAGCCAGCAGAGGACCGGUGGGAGUCUGGUUCUGUGCCAACUGUUGGACCGCGAAACCACGGAGAGCUACAUCUUGACAGUGACAGUUUCUGACUGUGGCUCGCCUCCGCUCAACAGCUCGGCGGUGUGGCGGUAAGUGGCGGACGUCAACGAUAACGCACCGGCUUUUGUCAGCGCAGAGUACCAUGCUCAGGCCAGCGAGAGCAACCCUGUGGGCACCAGGUUGGUUCAGGUGACCGCCCAGGACCCUGACCGCGGAACCAACGGUCUGACGCACGACAUUAUCUCAGGCAACAGCAAGGGUCACCUCAGGCUCGACCCGCAAACCGGCCUGAAGGUCAACCACAGUCUCGACUACGAGGAAGACUCCAAGCACGCACUGACUAUCCAGGCUUCCGAUGGGGGUGAACCUGGAAACCGUAAAGUAGCCUUCACCGUGGUCUUUGUCACGGUUUUGGAUGAGAAUGACAACUCGCCCUACUUCAUCUUCCCGUAGUCAACUGCUCGGUGCCGGGAGAACCUUCCAGCCUCACCCCCCGCCUGUUCAGUCCAUGCCGCCGACCAAGACGCCGGACCCUAUGGCCAGCUCACCUACUCCAUCCUGUCCUCCUGCUUCAUGGAUUACGGCAGUGGCAGCCCUGACCGGAAGGAGGCCUUUGCCAUCGACCCCCUCACCGGGGACAUCCACACCCGGCAGACAUUUGACUUUGAGCGGGAGAGCGAGUACUGCUUCAUGGUGGAGGCCAGGGACAAAGGCGAGCAGGCGGCCACCGUGAGGGUCCAUGUGGCCAUCGAAGGGGCGGACGAAUUCAGUCCCUUCACCCAGAGGCAGUACCGUUUCAUCCUCCCGGAGAACGCAAAGGCGGGGCAGACAGUCGGCCAUGUUAUGGCAAUGGACCAUGACGGAGGCCUGGAGGGCGUGGUGGAGUACUCCUGGUCAACCUCACAGUUUUUCUCAGUCAACAAAACAACAGGCGCAGUGUUCGCCUCGGGCCCAGUGUACCGCAAGAGAGGAAGUUUCUCCAACGAAGACGUGGUGGAGCUCUUGGUGUCCGCCGGCAGUCCCAGAAUGGACUCCAGGUCCACCACCAGCCUGGUAACGGUCAAUAUCUCCAAUUCGGCUGAAGCUCUGGUCGGGGUGGCCCUCAGCGUCCAGACAGUCACUCUGGGGUAGUCGCUGGCCAUCUUCCUCCUCCUACUCGUCAGCUUGGCCCUCGUCCUGAGGUACAAGACAAAAGAGGCCGCCAUCAAGAAGGCCGCUGCCCUCGCAGCCAACCUAAACACCGGCACGUUCGGCAGGACCGGCGGUGGCCAACAGCACACCAGCAUCGGCAUCGGUUUGCGGGAGCCGAGGGCGCCAUCACCAUCCGAGUGAAGAGGGAAAUAUCCCUCCCUAUCCGUAAUUGACUCAAGCGGCCGCGGUUCGGCAGAAGAGACGGCCGAGGACCAUGAGAUCAAGAUGAUCAACGAAUCACCCGUGGCGAAGAGGGCCGACUCGGCCCACAGCGAGAGGGUUCCCGACUCUGGCGUGCCCAGGGACUCGGACCAGCUUUCCUGCCAUUCAGAGGAUAGAAACCCGGGACGGUCAUAA